CCAUUUAAACUGAUGAAGAACAGGCCUCGAGGCUGCGCGGCACGUUUCUCCCACGCGGGACGUCAGACCGUUGUCUGUCUGCGUAGAAACAUUGAUCAGUAAUAUUCAUGCAACCAUAUUUAUUUCAACACCACAGUUUUAUUCCGAGUGUGUUUUAUUGCGCCGUGACGUGCAGCGGAGGUCACAGUGAGUCCGUGCAGCUCAGUCCACACCAGGCCGAGCUGAGACCGAGGAGCCCCCGCUCCGGAUCACUGAGCUCCGGAGGUCACAGGAGGGGGAAGGUGUGUGAACCCAUAAUGGACAGUAUGCUAGAGAAUCUCUCAAAAACUGAGUUUGUCAGCAUUUGUGUUCGAGAUCCAAUGCUCCAUAAAGACAACCUAUGGCACACGCACGUAGACUACGAGAUCUGUUUACAUACAAAUAGCAUGUGCUUUCGAAAGAAGACCUCCUGUGUGAGACGGCGUUACAGUGAAUUUGUUUGGCUGCGUCAUUGCCUGGAACAAAAUGCUCUGACCAUAGAAGUACCAAAGUUGCCACCGUGGAAUCCUUUCUUCAGUCUGAAGAACACAGAACAGGUGUCACAGAGAAUGAAUGGCCUACAAGAGUUUUUGGAAAACGUUCUUCACACACCAUUAUUGUUAUCAGACAGUCGGCUCCAUCUGUUCCUCCAGUCGGACCUCCGCAUCACAAAGAUCGAAAGGUGUGCCCUCGGUAAGACUAGGUACACAGUGGCUGAAGCCAUACAGUGUUCCAACAGGCAUUACAUCGGUAGAUUAGAGGUCAAGGGCUCCUGUGACUCUGACUGCGAAAGCACUUCGUCGUCAGGUUUGGGACGAAGUGUGGACACUACAUCGGGACAUAGCCUAGUCCCCUUCCUCGGGUCCUGACCGACCCAGAGCUUUUUAUGACUGAAUCCACGUGGUGGGCAUUCUGAAAAACAGCUGAUACACUGCCAGUCGUACUUCCACAAUCAAUGUACAAACCUGUUUGUGACUCUGUUGAUUUAUUGAUUCCCCUUAUACGAUUGUUUUAAUCAUUUGGUUUAUUUUUCUCUUAAAACAGUACAUUGUUCAUUAUAUUCAUUAUAUAAUUGUACAUUUGAAUUUGUUAAUGUGUAUUUGAAAAAAAUAUUCAUGUUUUUAAAGAAAGUAUUGUAUAUUUGUUACGGUGACUUCUUAAAUAUUUCCUAUGUAUAUAUUUUUAUCAGCACUGAAGCUUUACUGUAGCGAGCAAAGGAUGUUUUGAAUUGCAGACAGGUUUUUUUAGUAAAAUAUUUGAGAACUUUUAUGAUUUGUUAUUGGAUAAAUAAACUUUUUGAGGAAAAA